GGACGUUCGAGUGAUAAAGUUUUGAAACGAAACGAUUGUAGCGUAGUGUUAAAAACUAUUCCGAGCGUCGGAAAACGGAUAUGAAAACACGGUGAAUCGAAUAGUCGAUUCGGAACGAUUCGGAGCGAGCACGAAGCGAAUCGCGGUCGCGAGUUUCCCGGCGCGGCCGCUCGCGCGAGUGAGGGCGGCAGUAUCGUUUCAACCGUCGAUCCGUGCGGUCGCUUUUGCGGCGUAGUCUGUGAUUUUUUUAGUGUAGCUCCUGAUAAUCCAAGUUAAUCUACAAUGGCGGAUCAACUGACAGAAGAACAGAUCGCCGAGUUCAAGGAGGCGUUCUCACUGUUCGACAAAGACGGCGAUGGCACCAUCACGACGAAAGAGUUGGGAACCGUCAUGAGAUCCUUAGGACAGAACCCCACAGAAGCCGAGCUUCAAGACAUGAUCAACGAAGUUGACGCGGACGGAAACGGCACGAUAGAUUUCCCUGAAUUCCUGACGAUGAUGGCCCGCAAAAUGAAGGACACGGAUAGUGAGGAGGAAAUCCGCGAAGCCUUCCGCGUGUUCGACAAGGACGGCAACGGGUUCAUCUCCGCGGCCGAGCUGCGCCACGUCAUGACCAACCUCGGCGAGAAGCUCACCGACGAGGAGGUCGACGAGAUGAUCCGCGAGGCCGACAUCGACGGCGACGGACAAGUCAAUUACGAGGAAUUCGUCACCAUGAUGACGUCGAAGUGAGCCGCCGGCUAGUGUGUGUGUAAAAAGCAGAGAAUUUAAAUAUACAUUUUGUUUCAUGACACACAAUAUUACCAUCGUAUUGGACCUGCAUUUCUCUAGUGUUUGCGAUAAAUUAAAUAUUGUCAUCGUUUCAGUUUAAUGAUGUACUUGUAACGUCCGGCGCGGACGACGGACGGCCGCCGAGCGCCGCCCUCCGUCGCCUCCGCCUUCUCUUUUUAUUUAGAUUUUAAAGUAUUCCGUUAAUUUUACUAUGUAAGAAAAAUUUUAACUGUAGCGGUACAAAGGGAAAACGAAUAGGUGUGCGUCGCAAUGUGAUGGUAUAAGUCUCGGGUUCGUGUCGGCUCAUAAUUUAUAUUAGUGUAUAUUGGAGGCGGCCGCCGUCGUGUGUGUGUGCAUGCCUCUGUACUGUUGCGUCGCGCCCUAGUGUCUGCGGUGCUAGCGUCCCGCACCUUUCCGAUACAUUUUAAUGUAAAUUUUUUUCAAGUAUGAGAUAUUUAUAAAGUACGUGAGGAAUAAAAAUUUAAAAAAUCCCAAAAAAAUAUAGUGUACCCGGCGGACGGUCCCGGCCGCUCGCUCCACUCCGUGUACAUUAUGAUCGUAAUAAAUGUUUAAAUUUAACUAACUCAGUAAACGAAUAAAUUAGAUUUAUUGGUACUGCAUUAAUUGUAUCUGUAAAUGACUUGAUAAAUAUUAUAUUUCUAUUGUUGGUGAAACUAAUUCUAUCGAAAUGGAAAGUAAUCCGCUCUGUUAUUCUCUUACCACAUUUGAUUCAUUCUGUUAUUAAAUUUUACAAAAGACAUACUGAAAAUAAAUGUUUCUUCAUUUUUAGGUCAAUAA